UUGUCUGCAAGUUCAGUUGACCAGUGCAGGCACGUUUUACUUUUUUGUGCACGAAAGUUGGGAAGGAAAAUGGCAAUAUCCAUCACCGUUCCUCGUGAAAGACGAGUUUGUGAUGAAUUCACAGAACCUCAACGAUUAGUAACACCAGGAGCAACCAUUACAGCCGACCCAGAUUUUAUGAGGGGCCAUGGAACUUACAUGGAAGAAGAUGAACUUAUUGCAUCGGUAGCAGGAGUGGUAGAGACUGUAAACAAACUCAUCAGUGUCAGGCCUCUCAAAACAAGAUACAAUGGAGAAGUCGGUGAUGUCAUUGUUGGAAGAAUACAGGAGGUAGGACAGAAGAGAUGGAAGGUAGAUGUCAAUUCCCGUCUCAAUGCCAUCUUGAUGCUAUCUGCUGUCAACCUUCCUGGGGGAGAGCUGAGGAAGAGAUCGGCUGAGGAUGAACUGAAGAUGCGUCAAUACCUCACUGAGGGAGAUCUCAUCAGUGCCGAGGUCCAGUCGGUUUUUUCAGACGGCGCCCUCUCACUGCACACAAGGAGUCUUAAGUACGGGAAGCUAGGGCAGGGUAUCAUGGUGCGAGUGUCGCCCUCUCUCAUCAAGAGACGGAAAACUCACUUCCACAACCUGACCUGUGGAGCUUCCAUCAUCUUGGGUAACAACGGCUAUGUUUGGAUCAGUAGGACGCCAACAGAAGAGGAGGAAGCACCGGAUGGUGGCUUCAUCCAGAAUCUUGAACCCGUCCCUGAUGAGGACCGAAGGGUGUUGGCACGGUUACGGAACUGCAUCCUCGGUCUGGCUGAUCACAGGAUGAUGUUGUAUGAUACCAGCGUCAUCUACACCUAUAAUGCCUCAGAGGAAUAUCCAGUUGCCGACCUGCUGAACCCUGACAUCAUGAAAGAAGUCAUACUCUUGGUACGACAGAAGCUGAGUCAAGAAGCAACGUAGUAGAUCCUUCAAGAACAUUCCAUGGCUCAGACACAUUCUUUGAUUAGAUUCUCCUGGCAGAAACUAUCUACAUGUACAUCGCAUAGUCUGACCAGAGACUCAGUUGAACUAUUCUCUCAUAUAUCUGUCACUAACAAAAUACGGACAAGACAUGAAAAAGUCUUCAGGGUCAGACGCAAGAAUUUACAAGAUUCUCCUGGCAAAAUCCUGGAGAUUGUGUCAUGAAGUGUCUUGUCAGUGAUUUUCCUGGCAAAAAACCAUCUACAUGUACAUCGCAUCGUCUGACCAGAGACUAGGUUUAACUCUUCUUCUGUGCGGUCUGUCACCAAGUGAAUCAGAUAAGACGAACAAAAAUAGUCUCCAGGGUCAGACGCAGAAGUUAUUUUAUUUAUUUAUUCAUUUCAUUUCCAGGCAAGAAAACAUGACAGCAAUAGAAACAUUUCAAAAGAAAUGAAAAAUUGAGCACCAGCCAAUGCCUGGGGAUCACCUAAAAGAAUUGAAAAUUCUGUUGAGAGAUUCUCCACAUUGGCUGGUGUCUACAUGG